AGUACAGACUAUUCAAAUUUGCCACCCAACUGGCAAAUACGACUACAAAUAUAAAUCAAUCUGCUUCCCCCAUUUUUCCACAUAGUCCUCUUGCUUAAUUUUUGAACAAAUGGGUGGAUUCAAUCUGUUCAUAUGUAUCUUCCCACUUUAUGUGGGUAUUUUCUUCUUCUCCGACUUGGCUUCUGCUCAACUCAGACAGAAUUACUAUGCAAAUAUCUGUCCCAACGUCGAAAGAAUUGUAAAAAACGUUGUUACACAGAAAUUCCAACAAACGUUUGUUACUGUUCCAGCUACCAUUCGUCUCUUCUUCCAUGAUUGCAUGGUCCAGGGUUGUGAUGCAUCAAUUGUAGUAGCAUCGACUCCAGGCAACAAAGCAGAAAAAGAUCAUCCGGAUAAUCUUUCGCUGGCUGGAGAUGGAUUUGAUACUGUAAUCAAAGCUAAAGCAGCUGUAGAUGCUGUUCCAAGUUGCAAGAAUAAAGUUUCUUGUGCAGAUAUUCUAGCAAUUGCAACUCGAGACGUCAUUGCCCUGGCCGGUGGACCUUCAUAUGCUGUUGAACUGGGGAGGCUGGAUGGGCUAAGUUCAACCGCUGCAAGUGUAAAUCUGCCCAAACCAAGCUUCGGUUUAAGUCAGCUUAAUUCCAUGUUUGCUUCUAAAGGCCUAUCACAGACUGACAUGAUUGCUCUCUCAGCUGCCCACACAGUAGGAUUCUCACACUGUGACAAGUUCUCAAACCGGAUCUACAAUUUCAGUAGCCGGAAUCCGAUCGACCCGACCCUGGACAAGCAAUAUGCGGCCCAAUUACAGUCCAUGUGCCCCAAAAAUGUGGACCCAAGGAUAGCUAUCAACAUGGAUCCAAACACCCCCAGAAAAUUUGAUAAUGUAUACUUUCAAAAUCUUCAGCAAGGGAAGGGACUUUUCACUUCGGACCAAGUUCUGUUCACAGACUCGAGAUCGAAGCCCAAUGUUAAUUUAUGGGCCAAAAACAGUCAGGCCUUUGAAAAAGCCUUUGUCCAGGCCAUUACCAAAAUGGGCCGGAUCGGCGUGAAGACUGGGAAGCAUGGGAAUAUUCGCUUUGACUGCGGAAAAUUUAAUUAAAGGCUCGCCAUCUCUUCGACAAAUCAAACACGACUUUGCAUAUGGGCAAGUAAAUAAGUGCACAAAAUGUUUUAAGAAAAAAAUAUUUCAUUUCAAUGCAAUCAAGAAUAAUAAAACAAAUUGCUUUUGAAUGACUAGGUACAUUUACAAGUAAAGUAUUCCAAAAAUUUUGUGAAAUAAUAAAUGAAACGCAUGAGUUGUACAAAGUUUGUUUUACGUGAAAUUGCUCACGCCAAGAUUUGCUAA